UACCAUCCAGACCCGAACAGGCCUCGGCUAGCCACUCCAUCAUCUGCACCAACCUACACGCUCAGGAGGCAACCUUCAGUUGUGAGAAUUCAUCACAUAAUUCAAGAACAAGAUGGCAGCAGCUGCAGGAGCCCAGGGCUGGGCCCAGUUGCGACAACAAGCUCGAAGCUUGGAGUCUCAGACGGAGACGCUAUUCCAAACAUAUUCCCAGUUCUCCACAAUACCAAAUAUACCACCAAAGCCGACGACAGAAGAGAAGGAAACAGAAGCCAAGCUGACAGAGCUCCUUGAGAAGAGAGACUCCGUUAUCAGCCAAUUGGCUCGCCUCCUCGACUCCGAAGCCGCCCUGACCUCCUCCGCCCUCAAACAAAACAACUUGUCCCUCCUGCGCGAGAAGCUCUCGGAGCACCGCCGGGAUCUAAACCGGCUGCACUCCAACCUCCAAGAGGCGCGAAACCGCGCCAACCUGCUCCCCAACGUACGCUCCACCAUCGACGCCUACCACGCCAGCCAACCGGGGGCCGCCGAGGCCGACUACAUGCUGGACGAGCGGAACCGCAUCGACAACAGUCAUAAUGUGGUGGACAGCGUGCUCAGUCAGGCCUACGCCACCAACGAGAGCUUCAUGGCGCAACGCGAGACGCUGGCUAGCAUCAACCGACGGAUUACCAUGGCUGCUAGCCAAGUGCCGGGGUUGAAUACGUUGAUUGGGAAGAUCUCGGCGAGGAAACGGAGGGAUGGAAUUAUCAUGGGCAGCUUCAUUGCGUUCUGCUUUGUGUUGUUCUUCUGGCUUGUAUGAUUGAUCUGUUGAAGGAGCGCAGGGCAUCGGCCUGGACAUUUUUAACGGGGGCCGUUUGUAUGAUGGUUGUGUUGGUUCUGGAUAUUCCUUGGACUCACCAGCUGGCAUGUUUGUUUCGCAAGGCGUUCUGGAGUGAUGCGGUUGGGCGCCAGCUUGCCUUGUAUGGUACUAUUUGGCAUGGACGGAGUGAACUAGAUGCUGAGUA